AUGCAAGGCCCUGAUUGGCCAAUUUCCAGCGGUUCCCAUCGUUUGCCGGAGUUUGAAAUUUCAACAGGCGAUGAGCUUGAUAUAGGUGACCAGAUCAGAAUCGAUUGCAACACCAAAGGAGUUGUGCUUUCGAGUCUGAACCAGGCUAACACCAGUCUGUUGAGCUGUCGGUUUGACCAGCCCUUUUUCGCAGAAUUCCACUUGGCCCAGCAGGAGUCACACCUUGCUAUCUCCUCGCGUAACCUGUCAAUUUUAUUUAAUGGGUCCGGGUUCGGUGCUAGUGAUGCAAACAACACGUUGGUGACACUAGAAGUGUCUUCGGAGCAGACCCAGCUGGAGGUGGAGAUACUGAGCCGAAACAAGGUGCAGAAGCAUUAUGCACUGGACCUUUCGGUGGUUUCUGUGAACCACGAGUACGGUUCUGCAUUGAAUCAAAGAGACGCGUUUGUUACCGGUGGAGCAAAUCGUGUUCAGAUAUCCAAUUCCAUUGUGAAAGAGUUUUUGUCGAUAUUUCCUACGAACCUGGAGGAUUUCAAGGUGGAGGUUGAUUUUUCGAAACAAUGGCUCACACUGUAUGGGUUUAACAGACAGUACACCUUGACCAACCCGAAAAACGUGGAGAAAGAGAGCCUGAUAACCCGUCAAGCUAUGAGCCUUGCAAUUGACGUAAAGUGGGCUGAUUUGCAAGUGCAUGAGUUUUCAGAUUGGGCCGUUCAGAGUGGUGAGCUACUUGGGUUAAGUUUCAGGCUCAAGGAUUUCAAGAGCUUUGUCAGUCUGCUGGAUAGACUGGCUCCGUCCACGGACGAUCUCGAUCCCAUGGCCUACGUUGAGUUUCUGUUUGAGAAGCCCGGUGGAAACAUCGUGGUUACACGUGAGUUUGAAAAUUACCGGCUGGAUCUGUGUAUUUUGACUGAUUCUGGUUCUGUUUCAACCGGACUGGUCAAGCCAGUAGCUGCGAGGCAGAAGGCACAGGCCCAGGCCCAGGCCCAGGCUCAGGCCCAGACCCAAUCUCAUAAUCAAAAUCGUGCUGAUCCAAACAUUGAAGCGGUUCAGCUGGACUUGGCUGCUUUGGCUGCAGAGAACGAUCAAGUGUACUGGUUAAACGAGAGAUACCAUUCCACCACCGUGAUCAACGAUGAUGACGAAUUUGGACCCACACAGAGCGUGGUGAAGCCAAAGGGGCUAUUUGAUUAG